UGUCGAGCAAAUAAAAAUAUUAAAACACAUUUCAAAGUUAGUAGGCUAAUGUAAAAACAUGUAGGCCUACAAUAACUUAAGGAUUUUAAUCAGUAAUAUGAUUCCAGAAAUGAUUUAAAAGUCAUCUAGGCUAUUUAUGGUUGACCGGGAAAUGUGAUUGAAAACUCAUCGGAUUAUAGUUGACCGGGAGACCAUCUCUUGGUGGAUCAACGGUCCUGAACCCCACACAUUUCAUUUGUGAAUCCACCUCAGCUAUAAAAAACAAAUGAAGCAGUGGUGCGUUGUACGGUUCAGUAGUGGUGGCACAGAAAUAGUGCCCCAUACAUGGAUCAAAGGGGAGACCGUUUUAUGGCCGUCAAGCGGAGGGAUGAGCCUACUGAAGGGUGGCACACUUACGAGCCAGUUAUGCUCCUCAUAAGCCGUGAUACUUUUAAGGAAGCACAGAGGAGCAUGCACAGAUAUCUGGGAACUCUGUGACACGACAGAUAUUCAGUCAGAGGAAGAAGCUCAGUGCAACCUGAAAAGAAAAACAAGGCCAAAUCCCAUCUACAACAACUCAGACUCUGAGGACAACAUUGAGCAACCAAAAAAAACCAAAUAUCCCCAGGCUCCUAAAGUUUUGUUUCUAGCUUCUACCACUCUGCAGUCCCCCCCAUCCCUCAACCAGCCUCCAACCGAUUAAUGACCCCGCUCAUGCCCCAACCAGCUGGCAGUUGCCUCCACAGCUCGAGUCCUAUACCAGUGCCCACCUUUCACCCUUCCCACAUGAUGACUUCCAAAAUGACCUGCCUCCAAGAUCAUAUACAAGUCUACAACCUUCCCAGCAGGGGAUUCCCCGCCCCUGCACUCAAUCCCUUUCAGGGAUUAUCUCCAGAAGAUACCACGGAUUCUGCAAGGCAACUAUUGAAAGAUGUGGCCUUGCAGAGAUUAAUCAGAGAUUUGCCUCUUCACACUAUGGAGGAGCUGGACCGUGCAGAGGCAACACUCCAGUCCCAGGAGGCCAAGAAAACAGUGGUGUCACACUUUGCUAUAAUCGGAGGGACCACAUUGGAGGUGCGAGUCCGUCGCAUGCUAAGCUGUGCUCUGACCAAUGAGCUGGCAUCUGGGCUCAACUGGGCUGGAAAGAAGCUAAAGGACCAGACAAAACAAAAAAAAGCUUUUAAAGAGAUGGUGCUCUGCAGGUGCAUGUUUGAUGCCCUGACUCAGCAAAUAGGAGCAGGAGCCACUGAAUUUGCCUUUGCGCAGGUUGUACAAAAGUGGCUUCGGUAUCCUCCAGACCGGAUGGGUGGGGCUGGACGCCAAACACCAGAGCAGGAGUAAAGCUAAAAAAAAAUGUUUUUCCAUAAAUAAAGUUUCUUUUCUUAACAGA